AUGAAAAUAACUGAAGAAACUCUUGAUUUCUCGAAAAAUGAUAUGGUAAGUUGCCCACGCGAAAAUAAACAGGAUUUCGUCAAGCGAAAAGAGUCGAAAAUUGCUUAUAAUGAGCCAUAUGCCCCAAUAAAUAAUCCAGCUGACCCUUACUAUUUCAAGCCUAUCCAUAUUUCUUUGCAAGAGUCUCUAAUAAACCUGACAGAAUCAGACAUAAAAAUUUUUAUGGAAAAUUUUUCAUGGAUAAAAAAACUAUACAACUCAGGCAUGGAAUUCAAUAAAAUCAGCAUUUCAGCCUUAGCGGACACUAUGAAAAAGCUGGAGCCGAAUUCUGUUUGUUUUCUAUUAAUCAGAGAGCUCUUAGGGUGCUUAGACUUAUUUAGCUCCGAAGAUGCAUUUGAAAUAAUGAGGAUCAUAUGUAUAGAAACAUGCGAAAAUCCAGCUUGGGCUCAUCAGUUUUUGGCAAGCUUAAAGACGAUUUUUAUAGCAAAUGUGUACAAAGGGACUAAAUUUGCAGGAAAAGAGAAAAAAAUAGCUAAUAGAGAGGUAGUUAAUGGAAAUUCACUUCAAGCCGUGCUGCAUGCAAACUAUGUUAUUGCUUCGACAUUUUAUAAUUAUCAAGAAGAAAUCAGCAUUUUAAAUGACCAGCUGAAGGAAAGAAACGACCAAGAGCUCCUGGCUGCUACAGCACAAUAUCGAAAAAUCCCUAAAGUUUAA